GUGCACGCUAGUCGGUGCCCACCACCACCGCCUCCUCCAUCCAUCACCUCCACCCCACCCCGUCCACCUCCCCCCUCGCUCCCCUCAUCCCCUGUCCACCGUCUAGAAGACGUCGACAUUCACUCACCUGCAUAUUAUUUCAGUCCUCAUACACACGCACGAGGAAAAUAUAAUAUACCCUCCGUCACCGUCGCACGCCCGUUGUGUCGAACUGUAACCGCCCCCGCAGUCGCCCCGCUUCGUCGCUUCCGUCGACUGUCGCCACAUUACACAACAUCUUGCGGCCGGUCCGCGUGUAAAUCGUCUCCACACACGCCCGUCUGUUCACAACAACGCACGCUCUCGUGCCCCUUCUCCGGCCCUUAAUCCGAUCCGCCAUCCCCGCCGCCAUCGUCGGACAAGAGCACACUACACACCCGCCGAGCGUCGGUUUAUAAGUACGACCUCCCAAACCACCAACCCCUACCCCCCACCCACUCGUCACCAUUGCCCCUUCCUCACCAUGCCAGACUACACCAACGCUGGCAGGGAUCUUGUCGGACGCCGAAUCGACCACGGGCGGUACGAAUUUGUGUCGAUCAUCGGUGUCGGAGCCUACGGCGUCGUGUACCUUGCCGUCGACCACCUGGCCUCGCGCGGUCGAGUGGCCACUCCCUAUGCCGCCCCACCCUAUGUCGCCGUCAAGUGCUUGUGCAAGAAGGGACUUGAUGCCCGUCAACGCCACUUCCAGCGCAGGGAGAUUGCGCUUCACCAGCUGGCGGCUGAUCACGUUGGCAUCAUGCCGGUCCACAAGGUCAUUGAGGAUGAGCUCUUUACCUUUGUCGUCAUGGACUACUAUUCUGGCGGCGACCUGUUUGCCAUGAUCACCGACAACCAGCGGUACCUCGGCCGCGACGAGUUGGUCCGCUCCGUCUUCCUUCAGAUUAUCGAUGCCGUCGCUUAUUGCCACUCGAUGGGCAUCUUCCACCGCGACCUCAAGCCCGAAAAUAUCCUGUGUUCCGAAGACGGCACAAGGGUGUGUAUUGCGGAUUUUGGUCUUGCAACGACCGAGAGAAUGUCGACCGACUUUGGAUGUGGCUCGACCUUCUACCUCAGCCCCGAGUGCCAGGGCGGCCUCUUUGAGCCUGUCGAGUCCUACUCUACGGCCCAGGCAGACUUGUGGUCCUUGGGUGUCAUCCUCGUCAAUUUGGCGUGCGGCCGCAAUCCCUGGAGGCAAGCGCGUGCAGACGACGACACUUUCCGCGCGUACCUCGACGACCCUAGUCUGCUUGCGACGAUCCUGCCCCUGUCACCUGCAAGCAGCGCCAUUCUUGCCGGCCUCUUCACGCGCAACCCUUCCGACAGAAUCGGCUUGGCUCAGCUGCGUGCAAUGGUCAUGGCCGCCCCGACUUUCUCGACCCACAGCAGUAACAUCAAGGCACACUCCCACUUGCCGUCACCUGCACCUAGCCCCGAACCUGGCCUUGACAUAAGCGUACCCGCUCACCUCGUUAGCGGUUCCGUACAAUGGCACCAGGUAACGGUGGCGUCGGUGGCAUCCUCGGCUGCUGCGGUUGCGGCGGCUGCCCAGGGCGGGUCCAUCCCCCACCCGUACCACCUGCACCCUCACCACAACCACCACCUGCAGCCCCAGUACGCUGCAGCGGGUCACCACCACCACAGCAGUGGCUCACGCCACCGCCAGCACUUUGUGGACCACGACUCGUGGUCGCGAGGAGCAGAGUGCGCUGCUGCGUCCGACGAUGGAACACAGUACACCCACGCCCACGCGGCCAACCAGCAGUACUACAACACGCCGGCGUCGACGCCAGGCCUGGCCACAAGCAGCUCUGAAGCACAUGACCCGUUCAGCGCGGGGGCUGCUCGCUCAACGUCGUCGAGCUCGAAUGACACACUGCCCCCAACCCCCGAGCUCGGCCCCGUCAUGCACGUCCAGGUUCCCCAGCCUGUCAACAGCAUUGCACGCUGGAAGCGCGACAUGCCCGAGCUCAACAUCACCUCCCCCGCAUUCGUCCUCUAGUAGGACGUGAAUCGUCAUGCCCACAUGCCCAACGAAGUGGCAACAUCCUCUCCAUUGUGAUUACAACCCGAACAUUAAUUUACAGUAUUAUGACCCCCGCCAAAAAGCGCACCAAGUUGCCAUUUUGUACGACUCUGACGAUCAAUCAACCACAUCCCACAACGCAUUAAUAUUAAUUGUAUCACAUAUAGAUCACAUUCACAAUAGACUUUGGGCCACUGUCAAUGCAUCCCACAUGCUAUGGG